GUCUUCGCCUGAUGCCGAGGGUUGGGGGUGUGCAGGGCGCUGAAGAAGAAGAUAUAGUGCUUUAAACGUACAUACUUGGAACUUUCUUUUUUUGUUUGUUUUUAAUAACUUUAUUUUGCGUUUUAUUUCGUAAACACACUUUUUUUUUUAUCUAGAUCGUCAAAACUACGAAAGAUGAUCGAUCAGGUGACCGGAGCGGGGACCGUCCAGCUCAAAGCUCUUCUGGAGCUAGAAGCCAGGUUCCAGCCCAAGCUCUGUGGCCUGCGGGUCAUGGAGUGCGCUCAGGACAACGGUCUGAGGAUGACGGUCAAGCUGAGAGACUUCCAAGUGCGAGACCUUCUCUCCCUGACGCAGUUCUUCGGCUUCGGCUCGGAGACCUUCUCCCUCGCUGUGAAUCUUCUCGAUCGGUUCCUGGCUGUGAUGAAGGUUCAGCCCAAGCAUCUGGCCUGCGUGGGUCUCUGCUGCUUCUACAUCGCUGUGAAGACGUCCGAAGACCAGAAGAGCGUCCCCUUGGCCAGUGACCUCAUCAGGAUCAGCCAGAACCGCUUCACGGUCCACGACAUGAUGAGGAUGGAGAAGAUCAUUCUGGAGAAGCUCCACUGGAAGGUCAAGGCUCCAACCACCCUCCACUUCCUCCGAUUCUUUCACUCUCGCAUCCAAGAGCAGCUGGACACAGAGAGUAGGCGGAUUCUGAACCUCGAGAGGCUGGAGGCUCAGUUGAAGGCUUGCCAUUGCUCCUUCACUUUCACUAAAGUCAAGCCGUCGCUGCUGGCUUUGGCUCUUCUGUCUCUGGAGAUGGAGGAUCAACACGAGUGUGAGGCUCUGGAUGAUCUUCAGGAGAGCUUGACUGUUAAAGCUGGGGAGCUGGUUUGCGUGCGGGAGCUUGUGGCUAAGUGCCUGGCUGAAUACGCCUCCACCAAGUGCCUGAAGCCAAGCGGCCAGAGACUGCGCUGGAUGAUCUCGGGCCGAACCGCCAGACAGCUGAAGCACAGCUACUACAAGAUCACCCAUCUCCCCACCAUUCCCGAAUACGCUUGUUAACAGCGUUAGUGUCGAGCGCCCGUGACAAACCCUGCUCCGUUGAGUCGUGUGAAUGCUUUAGUCCUAAUCUGUGUUCUGGGCACUUUUCCUUUCCUGACUCCUGCCGUGAUUGUAUUUAUUUCACAUCUUGAUUGCGAGUCAAGGGUGAGUGUGAGCGCGUAAGGCUUGCACGUGUACAGUAUGUUCCUCUGAAUCGGCGCGAGAGGCGCUGGUUGUUUGAAGCAGUGAAGUAUAGAGCCGCCUAGGUCCUCAGUCCACCGUGUGGAAGAGGAGGGAGAAGGGUUUUGAGAUUCAACACAACAACAGAACCAAGAGAUCAGGCCCAAAGCCCUUCACUCCCACCCUAGGCUGUCAGCUGUCGUAAUGCACACUCCUACCCAAGGUGACGAAACGAGAUUAUUUUUUAUUUUGGUUUUCUUUUCUUUGAUGGCUAUGGAAAAGCAGGUUUUAAAUAUGCCUCUAAUAGGAAGAAGAGUCAGUAAGUACUCGCUGCCUGACCUGGCUGAAGCUCAUUUUACAUUUGGUUGCUACUACGGUCUAACGAGACCGUGAUCGUUUGUUUUAUACCGAAGACAUGAGUGCUACAAAUAAAGCGGAUUGAAUUUAAGUUUGAGACUUGGUUUUGGUUGUAAUCUGGAAGUUGAGAGCAGCGUUGAACCUUUCAAUAAAACCUUAUUGGAACGUAAAA